AAUCCUCCAGUGCAAUUGAAAUGACCUCAACUGGUAGGAAAAUAGCAAGAAUAUUAUUGUACAGGGUGUCUCAAAAAAUAGGCUAUGGAAAUUCAACAGGCUAUCGUGCAUCAUCAACUUUGCUAAACAAUUCGAUUUUUCGUAGGACGAAAGAGCAGUUAUUUAGCUUUGCAAUGAUACCUUUUUAAAUCGUAACGAUGAAAAAUGGUCACAUACUCCUCAAAUAAAAAUUGCCGGCCAAAAUCACAUUCAUCCACCGUUGGGAAUUGAAGAUACAUUAAUUAUGCAAAGUUAAUCAAUCCAAAAGCAACACGAGUCUGCUGCAAGCUAUUUGUUUUCUAAAAUUUUGAUUACGAAUUUUCUCUGUUUAGUGGUUAAUUAAUAGACCUUUUUAAAAAGUCGGCCUUGUGACGUAGUUUGCGGAUAAACAGUGGCGGCGCCAGGUGUCCGAAUUUGGUGGUGGGGGGGGGGAGCAUUUUAGGGGCAAACUCAUAUUUUUGGGGGCAAGAGAGAAUUUUUGAAAAGGUUGCCCCCCCCCCCAGGAGAUUCGCCCCCGCCCCGCCCCUGCGGAUAAAUACGAUCUUUUGGCCAAUCAGGCCAGCCAAAUCAUCACUGUGCGGGGGGUUUCCUUUAUCCACAAAUACGUCACAAGGCAGACUUUUUAGAAACUCUAUUGAAGAACCUUGUUUAAUGGACGUUCUUAUUGUCUCAAUAAGAGGACGAAUGACGAGUUGAGCUUAUUUUAAUUUAGAUAAUUUAACAUGCAAUUUUAAUUCUCUCUUGGGAAUUGUCUAUGUUUCAUGUUCCAUGCAAUUCCUAACGGUGGAAGAAUAUCUCGAUUUGACAAGUAUCUCGCCAUUUAUCAUCGUUACGAUUAAAAAGAGUAGCAUUGAAAAGCUAAAUAACUGUUCUUUCAUUUUAUGUAAUUGUUGAAUUGUUUAGCCAUGUUUAAUCCUGUAUAGUCACCUUAACUGUAUACAUGUUCCUUGCCUGCUUCGAUGGACGCAAAAAAUGCAAAAGAUUUUCCAAAUAUAAAAGAAUGGCCAAAAUUGCGGUUACUUUAUGUCAUUGUUCCACAAAAUCAAAAUAGAUACUAUCAUUUUUAUUCCUUUUCAUCUUGUUAUUUCGUCCCAAGUGCAACAUUCCUGACAUUUUCAAUACGGUAAACAUACUAACACUAUCUAUCUUAUUAUACUCUGUGUUUGUCUAGAAUCUCCAGAUGGAAUUGAAAUGACCUCGACAGGUAGGAUCGAAAAUAUCAAGAACAUUAUUGUUUAUCAGCUAACUAUAACCACCAGGGUCGUAGGAAGCAUCAAAAGAUAGGGGGGAGGGGGCACCGACUUCCAAGGGCACUUUUGGAUAAUGAAAAGGGCACCUAGAAAAUUUUUCUCGGAAUUGUUGGCGACAGGGCGACCAAUUUGUUUUUAAAAACGUUGAAAUUUCCACACAAAAAGAGCACCUUUGAUGUUAAUUUAGUAUUUACAGCGACAUUAGCUUGUACAAAAAGGGCACUUAUUGUUGGUCCUUUGAAAAAAAUUGGGGCGCACGUGCUCCUGUGCCUACGUCCCUUCGUACGUCCCUGAUAACCACCAAAAGUUCUUCCUAAUAUGUUUUCAUGCACGAAAAAAUACAUAUGAUUUUCAGGUAUACAGGAAAUUAAUUUAUUUAAUGUUAAAUUGUACUAUUUGUACCAACAGAAUAUAUAUGGCAUUCUGACAUGCUAAAUAAUUGGAUAACGAUUAACAUAAUUUAUGUAAUAAUGUUAAGAAUUCAAGUGCUUUCAUUGGUCGAAAGCCAUGAUAUAUUAGAGGACAAAUGCAUGGAAUUACAUCACAAUAAAGUAGCCCAUAAAUAUUCGCUUAAUUUGUAUAGACCAUGCAUGUGCAUGUGAUUUUUGUACAAGGUCGACUUUUUCAAAUUUUCAAAUGUUUGAGUGGAUAAAAAGUAUGUUAUUUACCUGUUUAAUUCUGGAUUUUCUUUUUAUUAUAUAAAACAAAUAGAUAAGAUUUGCCGUUGCCUGUUCAUUUAUAGGGAUAAGAACAAAAACUGGUCACGAUCUAUCUAUUAAUUUGAUUUUUUUUUUACAGUUUUGGUGAUAAGUUUGACGUCAGAAAUCGAUGCAACCUCGACAGGUAAACAAUCUUUACCUUUACUGGUUCAAAGUCGACCCACACUUCCGGAAAGUACAUCACCCGGGUUUGAGAGACUAAUUUUCGUGAUUAGGACAUUGGUUUUACAGCCUUACUUUUUAAACAAAAUAUUAGAUGUACGAUUGGUGAAGGAAAACCUCCGUAAUAAAACAUGUGAUGUACAAUACUAUUUAUAGCUAGUAUUAUAUAUUUUGAUACUUGGUAGUGUUUUUACCAGUAUUUUGUUUAUUCGACUGGUCCUUCUAUUUAGUAUUAAUGCCGAAGGUCUCUGUCACACAGUACCAGAGAAAAAUAGAAAGAAAUAAUAACUGAACAUAUGUUCUUCCAUGCACAGGCUGAAAUGUCUUCUACGUACAGGCUGAAAUUUCGUUCCAUACAUUUCUUAUUAAGGCUUUACAGUAACUUUUUUUGACCGUAUCUGUCGAAACUGGUAACAAACAAGAAUAAUACUGGAAUAUAUAUUUAUAUCCUUUUUUUUGCUUUAUUCAGUUAUUGCUGUAAGUUCGGAGCAAGCAGUGGAUGUUACUUCGACAGGUAAACAAACCUUGAAACGUCACUUCCUUCUGGCUAUUCAUGCAACUAUUUGUUUUCUACAGAAAUUUGGGUUAUUUUGUUUCUUGAAGGUCUAUAACUGCAGGUUUUGUAAAUAAAUGUUGUGUUAUACAUAAUUUAUAUUCGUCCUUUUAUUUUCCUCGUCAAUGCAACACACUGUGAAAUACCAAUCCCAUGCACUAACCCUUUUUAUUGUACUCGGUAUAUUUCUUCCAGAGUCUCCCGAUGUAACUCAGAUGACCUCGACAGGUAGGAAAAUACCAACUAUCUGUACCGAAAUAUCUUCCUAGAAUGUUUUGGUAUACACACAAAAAUAUGCACAAGAUUUUCCAACAUAACGAAUGGCCCAAAUUAAGGUUAAUUUAUACCAUUAGUAUCACUACAAAAUUAAGUUCAUACGCAACCUGAAAGUAAAAAAUAAUAUUUAAAUUAACAAAAUAAUUUGUUUCGAAGGGUAAACGAAAACCUACUUCGUUUUAAUUUUUACUUUCAGUUGUUCGAAGAGAAUGCACGCUUCCAGAAAGUGCAUCGUCUGAGAUAAAGAGCCUAUAUAUUUCUCGUGAUUCAAACAUUGGUUGCGGCUGUAAUCUUUUAAUAACGAAAUAUAUAUUAUAUUAUAUAGUUAUAAUAUAAGUGCAUGGUAUAUAACAGACAAUUUGAUUGGCUAAUGCGCGUGCAUUGUGACGCAAAAUAGUUGAGAAAAUACUUGAAAAAGAUACAGGAAUACCAAAAACAUAGAAAAAAGCAACGAAAACUGAACGUAAGAGAUCUAUAAAGUACCUUGAAUUCUUCUGAUAAAAACUGCUAGAUAUGUUUUCGGCGAAAGGCAAAAAAUACAAUAAUUUCGAAAAUUAAAACUGAGCAACACGACGAAACCUAUGGUUUAACGUCGUUCAUGGCAAAACUGGCAGCCCAAAUGCUUAAGAACAUUAGCAAAUCAGCAGAACAUUAGCAUCAAAAUUUUCUCAAAAUUUGUAUUGAUUUUGCUCCUUCGCUCGCUUAGCUUAGUCGAAAAAAAGCAUUAGACAGUAAAGGCAUGCGCGUUACGUCACCGAGUACAUGUUAGGGGAAUUUAAAAGUUGAUCUUUUGAGUAAAAUGGUUUACCAUGUAAUAUCUUCUACUUACAUUAAAAAAGAAAUAGAAAAACUCGUCUCGUGCGUUUACGGUGUGAUACGCGCUUCUCUCGUAUUCUCCCAACAUUCCCCGCGUGCAUUAUAACACCUUCAAAAACUCAUUAAUAAUUCAUGAAGCAAUUAUCCAAUCUUGAGUAAGAAAUUAGUCAUGUGCAUACGUCUUUAUACCAGCUAAAGAACACUUUAACAAAAGACCAUUGUUAUGCAAACUAUAUAAAGGUUUUUAUAUAAAGAUUUUUAUAUAAAGAUUUUUAUGAAGAUUUUUAUAUAAAGAUUUGACUUAUUAUGCAUACGUUUUUGAAGUCAUUUAAAAAACUCGCGGGUCGUGUUUUAUUAGGUCUAAAGCCACUCGCGCUGCGCGCUCGUGGCUUUAAACCUAAUAAAACACUCCCGCUCGUUUUUUAAAUAGUACAUAAACGCGCGCGAUUCGUUUAAUUUCUAUUUCUUAAAUAAUAUAGAUUAACCUGCGUAAUGAAACUAUAUAUAAGUGUUUUUUCUACCAGUUCAAUUUCUAAUUACCCAUAAAGUACAAUAACCAUUCAUGACAUGCAAAAUGUUGCCAUAAAUAAUAUUUAGAUUGUAUAUCCUCUUUUUUAUGCUUUGCAUAGUUGUGGCUAUCAGUUCAACGCAAGCAGCGGAUGUUACUUCGACAGGUAAACAAACAUGGAAACGUUACUUCCUUCUAUUCAUUUAUUUGUUUUUUGCAGAUAUUUUAUUUCUAUGUUUCUUGGCGGUCUUCAAUAAAUUUUGUAAUGUUUUUCUCACGUGCUAUGCACAGAGAAGCAGAACAUCUUUCCUCAACGCAUGCAUUAAAAAAUUGUGUUGAUUUUGAUCAAUAAAUGUGGAAAUAAGUAUUAACACGAAAACGAGGCUCCAGGUCAUGACCUGGAGCCUCGUUUUCGUGUUAAAGCUUAUUUUCACAUUUAUUCGUAAAAAUAAAGAAGUUUUUCACGCAUGUGUUGAAGAAGGAUGUUCUGCUUCUCUGUGCAUAGCCUAUGAGAAAAAGACUUGAAAUCCUUUCCAUUUAAGGUGAUAAUAAGUUGAAAACAGUGUAGUUGUGACGUAAUUAUCGAAAAAGUGUAUCCCGUAAUCAUGCUGGGGAGAGGGAGCAAUAGAGUCAAUUAAUAAAUCCAGGUCUACAUGUAUGCGUUAUCUUUUAGUAAAGACCGAGAUUUUUCUUGUAUGUGUUUAGAACUAUUGUCAGAAUUCCCUUAUCACCUAAUUAGUGAUUGCCAGAAGCUAUGAUUCUAAUAUAUUUUGCUGUUUGCUACUAGUUUGCCUUGUCAAUAAUUUUGCUGUUUUUAAAUCAAUUUAACGUUCGCGGGUCGAAUCAUAAUUGGCUAUGUUUGAACUAGUUUUACACGUUUCAACGUUCUUCAUGUGUUCCUUGUUUAUUAAAUUCUCGUCUUUAAAGCCAGAUAUAACUCCAAAGUUCGUAUGAAAUAGAAUGUUACGGCUACAGAAGUCGGAAAAACUCUAUGUAUAAUCCUUGUCAUGCAUGUUCUACCAUUGUUUAAUGUUACUAAUUUUGGUUAUGAAUUUGACAACUAAAAUCAACUUAAUGUUUCAUGUUUAGUGCUACCAGUUGAGUCUACGUCUGUUAUUGUUAUGGAAACGUCAUCAGGUAGUGUGUAUUUUAUUUCUGAUAAUUUCGAACGAUCUAUGCUCGUACUGGCAUAGAUCGAGAAAAUUAUGACACCAUGUACAUUCGCAGAACAGUAAAAUAUCGGCAGCACAGGCAAAACAUAGAAUUCCAAUAUAGGACAUCUAUGCUGCCAGUUGCAAGUUAUUUAACAGGUCGAUGAUCGAUGCAUGCACGCGAUAUGAUUAAUUUUGAAAAGUCGUAACUCAUCUUGGAUUAUAUUGUUUUUGUAACAGGGCUGUCAACAAUUUCUAUUAUAAAAAUCAUUACAAUGAUUCAAAAUACUAAAUAAAUUCUUUUUAUGAAAUAAAAAAUGGGGGUAACCGAACUUAUUUUCAAAUUUGGACCCAAAAUAUCGGCCAUAUUGAAGCGUAAUUGUUGACAUAGCAACGGCAGUUGCGAUUGUUUUUUUCGAAGAAAAUGUAACUUUAGAGUUAUUAUUUUAAAUUUCUAAUCGGACUUCUUUUGUCUUCCUUUCCUAUAGCAUAAAUAUAUAGGAAUUGUUGAAAAAUUUGGUAUGAAUCGGAGAUCUUUCACUUUCUACCAAUUAUGACCGUCUUAUUGUCCAAGGAAGAGUAUCUUCCUUCACUCGUAAUGUAAACUAAAAAUUAAAAUAAAAUAAAAAUAAAAGAAUGACAAAUUAAUUUGAGAAAAAAUAUUUGAUCAAAACAUUUUAACGCGGUAGCUGGACAAACAUUAUACCAUAACUUACCAAACAAUUUGUCUGUGCAUAAAGCACUCGAUAAGCAUCACUGAGUGUUCAUACAAUUAGCCACUUCCCAAAGUCCUGGAUCAAAAACCCAUGUUGGAGGGACAAGAAAUAUGGCAGCACAUAAUAAUAUUUAAAUUAAAUGUUUAAUGUAAACAGGAGAUAUUUUAUUUUUGGUCCUCUAGAAAGUUAAUUUUGAUAGUAGAUACUGCCACUCUUUAACAUAUUUGACGCCGCCUCAUACCCAGGCGUCUCUUUGUAAAAAAACAAUGAUGCGCAUAUGACGAGUUUACAUGAAGCAUUGUAGUGGGAAGAGAUGGGCGAAGGGGGUGAUGGUGUUUCCUUUUCAUCCAUUUAUUCCGUCCCAAAUGCAAAAUGCUGUAAAAUUCCAAUAAUACCUUACACUAACGCUCUUUAUUAUACUCUCGAUUUCUUGUAGAAUCCUCCGGUGCAAUUGAAAUUACCUCAACUGGUAGGAAAAUAGCAAGAACAUUAUUGUACAAGGUGUCUCAAAAAAUAGGCUAUGGAAAUUCAACAGGCUAUCGUGCAUCAUCAACUUUGCUAAACAAUUCAAUUUUUCAUAGAACGAAAGAGCAGUUAUUUCUUAGCUUUGUAAUGAUACCUUUUUUAAAUCGUAACGAUGAGAAAUGGCCGGAUACUCGUCAAAUAAAAUUUGCCGGUCGAAAUCACAUUCUUCCACCGUUGGAAAUUGAAAAUACAUCAAUUAUGCAAAGUUAAUCAAUCCAAAAGCAACGCGAGUCUGCUGCAAGCUAUUUGUUUCGUAAACUUUUGAUUACGAAUGUUCUCUUCAAUAGACCUUUUUAAAAAGUCUGCCUUGUGACGUAGUUAGCGGAUAAAUACGAUCUUUUGGCCAAUCAGGCAAGCCAAAUCAUCACUGUGCGGGGUUUUCCUUUAUCCACAAACUACGUUAUAAGGUAAGCGAGUUGAGCUCAUUUUAGAUAAUUUAACAUUCAAUUUUAAUUCUCUCUUGGGAAUUGUCUAUGUUUCGUUUUCCAUGCAAUUCCCAACGGUGGAAGAAUAUCUCGAUUUGACGAGUAUCUCGCUAUUUAUCAUCGUUACGAUUAAAAAGAGUAGCAUUGAAAAGCUAAAUAACUGUUCUUUCGUUCUAUAUAAAAGUUGAAUUGAUUAUCCAUGUUUAAUCCUGUAUAGUCACUUAACUGUAUACAUGUUCUUUGCCUGUUUCGGUGGACGCGAAAAAUGCAAAAGAUUUUCCAAUAUAAAAGAAUGGCCAAAAUUGCGGUCACUUUAUGUCAUUGUUCCACAAAAUCAAAAUAGAUAUUGUCAUUUUCAUUCCUUUUCAUCUUGUUAUUUAAUUUCGUCCCAAAUAGAUACUGUCAUUUUCAUUCCUUUUCAUCUUGUUAUUUAAUUUUGUCCCAAAUUGAAACGACCUGAAAAUUGAAACGACCUCGACAGGUAGGAUCGAAAAUAUCAAGAACAUUAUUGUUUAUCAGCUAACUAUAACCGCCAGGGGCGUAGGAAGCAUCAAAAGAUUGGGGCACCGGCUUCCAAGGGCACUUUUGUAUAAUGAAAAGGGCACCUAAAAAAUUUUUCUCGGAAAUGUUGGCGAGAGGGCGGGGGCAGGAAAUUUUCCCAUCAUACUAUACCGAAAUUGAACGUUAUUGGCCAAUUUUUUUUUGAAAAACAUUGAAAUUUCCAAACAAAAAUAGCAUCUUUGAUGUUAAUUUAGUAUUUGCAGCGACAUUAGCUUGUACAUAAAGGGUACUGUUUGUUGGUCCUUUGAAAAAAUUCGGGGGCACGUGCCACCUGUGCCCCCCCCCCCAAGGUUCCUAAGCCCCAGAUGACCACCAAAAGUUCUUCCUAAUAUGUUUUCAUGCACGAAAAAAAUACAUAUGAUUUUCCGGUAUACAGGAAAUUAAUUUAUUUAAUGUUAAAUUGUACUAUUUGUACCAACAGAAUAUAUAUUAAUUCGGGGUUUUCUUUUUAUUAUAUAAAACAAAUAGAUAAGAUUUUGUCGUUGUCUGUUCAUUUAUAGGGAUAAGAACAAGAAGUGGUCACGAUCUAUUUAUUAAUUUGAUAUUUUUUUACAGUUUUGGUGAUAAGUUCGACGUCAGAAAUCGAUGCAACCUCGACAGGUAAACAAGAAACGUAAAAUGUAAUUUUUACCUUUACUGGUUCAAAGUCGACCCACACUUCCGGAAAGUAUACAUCACCCGGGUUUGAGAGACUAAUUUUCGUGAUUACGACAUUGGUUUUAGAGCCUUACUUUUUUAAACAAAAUAUUAGAUGUACGAUUGGUGAUGAAAAACCUCCGUAAUUAAAUACAUAGCUCUUAUUAUAUAUUUUAAUAUAUUCUAAUACUUGGUAGUGUUUUUACCAGUAUUUUGUUUAUUCGGCUGGUCGUUCUAUUUAGUAAUAAUGCCGAAGAUCUCUCCUACACAGUGCUAAUUGUGAAAAAUAGAAAGAAAUAAUAACUGAACAUAUGGUUCUUCCACAGGCUGAAAUUUCUUUUAAUUCGUUUCCAUACAUUUUCUUUCGCAUUAAGGCUUUACAGUAACUUUUUUUUUACUGUAUCUAUCCAAACUGGUAACAAACAUGAUAAUACUAGCAUAAAUAUUUACAUCCUCUUUUUUUUGCUUUUUUCAGUUAUUUCUGUAAGUUCGGAGCAAGCAGUGGAUGUUACUUCGACAGGUAAACAGACCUUGAAACGUCACUUCCUUCCAUUCAUGCAACUAUUUGUUUUCUACAAAAAGUUGGUUUAUUUUGUUUCUUUAAGGUCUAUAACAGGUUUUGUAAAUAAAUGUUGUGUUAUACAUAAUUUAUAUUCGUCCUUUUAUUUCCCUCCUAAAUGCAACACACUGUGAAAUAUAUCAAUACGAUACACUAACCCUUUUUAUUACACUCUGUAUAUUUCUUCCAGAAUCUCCCGAUGUAACUCAGAUGACCUCGACAGGUAGGGAAAUACCAACUAUCUCUACCAGAAUAUCUUCCUAGAAUGUUUUGCUAUAGACACGAAAAUAUGCACAGGCUUUUCCAACAUAACGAAUGGCCAAAAUUAAGAUUAAUUUAUACCAUUAGUAUACAACAAAGUUAAAUUCAUACGCAACCUGAAAGUAAAAAAUAAUGUUUAAAUUAACAAAAUAAUUUGUUUCAAAAGAUAAACGAAAACCGUAAACGUUACUUCGUUUUAAUUUUUACUUUCAGCCGUUCGAAGACAAUACACGCUUCCAGAAAGUGCAUUGUCUGAGAUAAAGAGCCUAUAUUUCUAGUGAUUCAAACAUUGGUUGCAGCUUUAAUCUUUUAAAUUAAUAACGAAAUAUAUAUUAUAUAGUUUUAUUAUAUAAAGUAUAGUGCUUUUUAUUAUAUGGUCAAUGGUGUUUUACUGGAAACUAAAACACUCGUAGAACUUAUACGUCACUACAUCCGGGGCCAGGUGCGCGUAUUUUCCGUAUUUCACCCCUGCUAGUGACAUACGAAAAUUUCCCGCCAUUUUCAUUGUUGUUGUUUUGAAAAUACAAAUGGUCUUUGGUUCGUAUUUAAAACGAAAUUAACGUUGGAAAUAAAACGAAAACAUUAUAAAAGACAUCUUGAGAUAAGUAAAAUUUAUUCUAGUUUUAUGUUUGCAUUUUAAAAAAUAUCGCUUUUAUACUGAUUUUUCUCGUGCUUAUUUACAUGUCGUCUUUGUGUGUAUUUUUGUCACUCGGUGUAAGUCCAUAUAAUAAACAGAACAUUAAACGGUUCCGAGAAGAUAUGGAUUUAUGUUCUCGUGUCAAACAUAAAAUCCAUAUCUCUUCGCAACCGUCUAAUAUCCUAUAUAUAGAGAUUUCGAGCACUGAUAAAAGUGAUAAUCUCACAUGUGAGAUUAUUCAUGUGAAAAUUAUCGCUUUUCAAUUAUCGCUUUUCUGUAAAAAUUAUCACUUUUCAAAGACUGUCCUUUAUAUAAUAAACAGAAAAAUACAUGGGUGCUUGGAAAUACCAGAUUUAUGCGCUCACUCGUGAGAUAUCAUGUUCAACACUCGAAAUAAAUCUGGUAUUUCCGCGCACCCAUGUAUUAUUCUCUAUAUAAUGUAAGUGCAUAGGAUAUAACAGAAAAUUUGAUUGGAUAAUGCGCGUGUAUUGUGACGCAAAAUAGUUGAGAAAAAACUUGAAAAAGAUACAGGAAUACCAAAAACAUAGGAAAAGGCAACGAAAACUGAACAUAAGUGAUUUAUGAAGUACCUUCAAUUCUUCUGAUAAAAACUGCUAGAUAUAUUUUCGGCGAAAGGCAAAAAAUAAAAUAAUUUCAAAAAUUAAAACUGAGCAACACGACGAAACCUAUGAUUUAACGUCCUUCAUGGCAAAACUGGCAGCCCAAAUGCUUAAAAACAUUAGCAAAUCAGUAGAACAUUAGCAUCAAAAUUUUCUCAAAAUUUGUAUUGAUUUUGCUCCUUCGCUCGCUCAGCUUGGUCGAAAAAAAGCAUUAUAUAGACAGUAAAAGCAUGCGCGUGACGUCAACGAGUACAUGUUAGGGGAAUUUCAAAGUUGAUCUUUUGAGUAAAAAGGUUUACCAUGUAAUAUCUUCUACUUACAUUAAAAAAGAAAUAGAAACACUCGUCUCGUGUGUUUGCUGUGUGAUACACGCUUCUCUCGUAUAUUCUCCCAACAUUCCCCGCGUGCAUUAUAACACCAUAAACGCACGCGACUCGUUUAAUUUCCAUUUCUUAAAUAAUAUACCAGAUUAACCUGCGUAAUGAAACUAUAUUUAUAUAAGUGUUUUUUUCUACUAGUUCAAUUUCUAAUUACCGAUAAAGUACAAUAACAAUGACAUGAAUAAUGUUGCCAUAAAUAAUAUUUAGAUAAUAUAUCCCUUUUUUAUGCUUUGCAUAGUUGUGGCUAUAAGUUCAUCGCAAGCAGCGGAUGUUACUUCGACAGGUAAACAAACAUGGAAACGUCACUUCCUUCUAUUCAUCUAUUUGUUUUCUGCAGAUAUUUUGUUUCUAUGUUUCUUGACGGUCUUCAACAGAUUUUGUAAUGUUCUGUUAUACAUAAUUUCAAAUGGUUUCAUGUUUCGUUUUCAUCUUUCUAUUUUCAUCCUAAGUGCAACAUACAUGCACACUGUAAAAUACCAUACACUAUAUAAACCUUUUUAUCCUUUACUUUUUUUAUCCCAAAACCUUUUUAAUACUUUGUAUUUCUUCCAGAAUCUCCCGAUGCAACUGAGAUGUCCUCGACAGGUAGGAAAAUACCGACUAUCUCUACCAAGAAAUAUAUUUGUAUUUACCCAUAAAUUACAAUAAACAUGACAUAUGAUGUUGCGUUAAACAAUAUUUAGAUAAUCUAUCCACUUUUUUAUGCUUUGUACAGUUAUUGCUGUUAGUUCGAUGCAAGUAGUGGAUGCUUCUUCCACAGGUAAAUAUAUAUCUUCCUUAUACUUCAACACAAUGUAUCUUCUUGUGCUUGUUGAAGAUUAUCAGGGUGGCUUUGACAUUGAACCUUUACUUCAUACGAUAUUUAUAUAAAGACUAAAAUUUAUUUUUCUCUUGUUCUUUUUCCCGCAUGAAGACUUAAAAGUUGGCAUUUUUGCUUGCUUGGCAAGAACUUGUCCAAUGUUUGAAAUAAUAUUACACACGGUUUCCGUUGAAACGUCUAUACUUAAAUAUAUAUAAAUCAUAUUUUGUAGGAGUUGCUCUGAAUCCUUCCACAAUUUCACCAUCUCUUUCAACAGGUAUGUAAGAAUAUUGAUAAUGAUAUAUGAAUAUACGAUCAUUGAUAAUGAACAUUGCAAUAAUUAUAUUAUAAUAAGAUUAACAUCCUGAUUUUGAUGUUUUGUACAGUUAUGACUGCGAGUUUUUCGCAAGCAGCGGAUGUUACUUCGACAGGUAAACAAACCUUGAAGCGUCACUUCCUUUUAUCCUUCCACUUGUUUUCUUCAACAGGUUUUGUAUUCUUGUAUUAUCCAUAAUUUCAGUUGGUAUCAUGUUUCAUUUUCAUCCUUUUAUUUUCGUCCUAAAUUCCACACACUGUGAAAUACCACACAUGCACUAACACUUUUUCAUUAUACUCUGUAUUUCUUCUAGAAUCUCCCGAUGCAACUGAGAUGUCGACCUCGACAGGUGGGAAUAUACCAACUCUCUCUACCAAGAAAUAUAGUUGUAUUUACCCAUAAAUUACAAUAAACAUGGAUGACAUGAUGUUGCGAUAAAUAAUAUUUUUUUUGUGUUGGUAUUAAUAAUGUACUCAGGUGAAUAUGAUGCUGUGAUGUUACUCUGAGUGUAUUAUAUCCACACCGGGCAAGCUUGAAAAAUAUGCCUGGCCACGAUGGGAAUCGAACAUACGACCUUUGGAAUACUAACCCAAUGCUCUGCCACCUGAGCUACGUGGUCAGGUCGGUUCGUGUCUGUAAUGAUUUCGGAACUGAGUCUAGUUCCUUCGAUAUCGAUGUAAUCUAGUAAUCAUAAAUUUUUUCUGCGUUGGUAUAAUGUACUCAAGUGAAUAUGAUGCUUGUGAUGUUACUCUGAGUGUAUAUUCACACCGGGCAAGUGAAAAAUAUGCCUGGCCACGGUGGGAAUCGAACCUAUGACUUUUGGAAUACUAGUCCGCGGUCAGGUCGGUUCGAGUAUGUGAUAUUUCGGAACAUAUUUUUCAAGGUUGCCCGGUGUGGAUAUACACUCAGAGUGACAUCACAAGCAUCAAAUAAUAUUUACUAGAUAAUAUAAUUAUCGUCUUUUUUAUGCUUUGUACAGUUGUGUCUGUUAGUUUGACAUUGAAUUAUCAUUGAUAUUUUAUUUUAUAUUUACUUCAAACGAUAUUUAUAUAAAGACUAAAAUCUAUUUUUCUCUUGUAUUUUUUUCCCUUUUGAAGACUGUAUAGUUGGCAUUUUUACUUGCUUGGCAAGCACUUGUCCAAAUAAUAUUACACAAACAACAGUUUAACUUCCUUUGAAACAUCUAACUGCAGCAUUUUUAAAUAAUAUUAUAUAUAAAUCAUUUUUAUAGGAGUUGCUAUGAAUCCAUCUACAAUUUCACCAUCUCUUCCAACAGGUAUAUGUAUAUUGAUAAUGAUAUAUGAAUAUACGAUGAUUAAUAAUGCACAUUGCAAGAAUAUUAAUUAAUAUAUUAUAACAAGAUUUACAUCCUGUUUUUGAUGUUUUGUACAGUUAUGACUGCGAGUUUGUCGCAAGCAGCGGAUAUUACGUCGACAGGUAAAUAAAUCCUGGAAUUCGAAAUUUAAUGCAUGUCUACAGAAUUUGUGUUUCGGUCUUCUGCACGGGUAUUCCAUUGGUAUUAAUUUCUCAUAUUUCAUUAAUUGUUCGUAUGAUCGUUUGUUACUAAUAUUUCAUAUUAUGCUAUUCGUUUAUUAUCUUUGAACUUUUAAUACUUGUCGAAAUCUAUACAUGUAUUGUAAAUUAUACGUCAUUCAGUCAUUUUCUUUGAAAUUAUAGCCACAUAUGAAUGCUAAUUAAAUAUAUAUAAAUUUUUAUAGGAGUCAUUAUGGGUCCUUCUACAAUUUUGCCAUCACCUUCGACAGGUAUAAAAACUUACAGACAUGCAUUUUUUUAUAUAAAUUUAUAUUAUUACUAAAGUAAUUUCUGAUACGGAAUCUCCUGGGGCCGGUUGUAUAAAACUCUUAAUCACUUUUUUAAUCACUAUUUUGUAGUUAAAUAGUGAUUAACUCUCAAAUACGCGCUUCUUAUUGGAUGACGUUUCCACUAACUAUAGUUAACUUUAAUCACUUUUUUAUACAACCGGCCCCUGACCAUUAGACCUCCACGUAUACUACUAGUAGUCUUCCAGUGAUUUAAAAGAUAAAAUAUUUUGAUGGCACCAUUGAAUGAGCGAUCGAUUUCUUGUUUUCGUAUCCUUAUAGAUUCAAUCGUCAUAAAUCCGGGUUAUUCAACAGGUACUGUUCAUUAUUACUACUGUUAUGCGCUAAUUGGCGGUAAUAUUAGCAUCGCCAAUAUGUAUAUUGAUCACACAAUAAUGUCCAAUUUAAUAUUUUUAAAUUAAAUAAGCUUCCAUAAAAUUAACUUCAAUGAAUAUCUUUCGCUAAUCUGGUGAUUUCCCACGCCCAUACAUAAUUAACAAAUUUGAUUACCAGAAAUAUUAGAAUAAAUUUCCGAGAAUUUAAAUUUCUCAAAUGUCUAUUACAGUAAAUUUACCAAGUGCACCAACGACGACAUUAACAGGUCAGUAUAUAUAUAUAUAUAUGUAAAGUUUUAAAAAUUAUUACCAAAGGAAAAUGUCAAAAUGACAUCUGGGGGAAAGGCAAAUUGUAAGCUUUAUUCUUAGCACGCUGUUACCAUGGUAACGGACUUUUUCAAUGUUUCCGUUAAAUUUCGUCUUGAUGUUCUGUGCAAUGAAUUAUUAUAAUUAAUUAAUUCCGAAUGUUCAGACACGUUUGUAAUUGUUAUACGGUUUGCCAUUACUAGCCUAGUUUUUGAAAUGCAUUUGGAAGGUUGCAUGGGGUUUUGUUGAUAGAAUUUUUCCUGCAGUUUUGCUUGAUUUUAAUACAUCACCCCCAAAUUGCUCGCAAGUUCCCUAUUGUACUCUUGUCUCUGUAACUCGGUUGGUUAGAGCGCUGCACCGGAAUCGCAGGGCCGUAGGUUCAAUUCCUACCAGAGGACCUUGUGCUGCAUUUUUCGCAGUCGUUCCUGGUUAGGUCUUAAAAUGUAUAUAUACUCACUUGGAUUACAAACUCUAACAUUCUAAUAUUUUACUCUUGGCGUUUUAUAGCGUUAUUCUAUUACACUGCAUGUCUAAUUAAGAGUUCGUAGUAUUACUUUCGAUUGAGCAAAAUUGAAAAAGCUUGAUAAAAAGUUUGUUCGAUGGUUUUCCUUGGCUUUCACCGGGUGUUUUUAUGGUGUGUGUUUCGCUCAAAAUGGUCGGAUUUUUGCAUCUUCCCAACCACAAGAAAAGAGAGCGGUUUAAUUAUCACCAUGUAAUCUCAUGACACAAUUUGGUAAGAUCACACCAUUUUCAACUGAAAGAUCAUUUCACUUAACAACUAUUUCUUAUUUAUUUAUUUCAGACCAGUUACCAACUUCUUCAGCAAUUGCACCAACGCCAUCGACUCCAGGUUGGCAUAAUUUAUAACUCGAUUAAAUUAUUGUGUAGAUGGCGCGCUCUAUUUAAAAUUUCCAGGUUAACCCAGAAAUAAACUUUUUGAGUGAUAUUCCUGGUUAAACUUGAUAUUCCUGGUUAUUUUAUCUCCUACCAUUGUCUGGUGAAUGUAACCAUGAGGAAUCUGGCCAUUUAAUGUUUAAUUCGGAAUGCUUCAGUGAUAGUCUUUUAAAUAUAUCGUAUUUUUUAUUUGAAAGGACAAGCUAUUGUGUCGUCAACUCAAUCACCAGGUAAGCUAAAAUUAUAUUGCAGCAUCAAUAUGAUGCGGUUGAUAUGGCCAAAAAUUUAAGACAUGCGCCAUACUGAGCCAUCGUACGCAUAUAAAAAAACAUGGCGCCCGAAAAUAGCAAGGAAUUACUCUUUCCGUUUCACAAAUAGUGUGAGCAGUUUACCCAUAAAGAAUUUAAACAUGUCGACAUCUUGCCAUAAUUGUGCUGCGCGUAAUCAAAUUAUCACUUGAAACAAUAUAUUUGAGAUUUCGCUUCGCAAAUAUAUAACCCGUCCAAAUAGAAUACAAACUUUGGUAAGAUCGGCUUACUUUACAAAGCCUUUUAAAUUGGCAUUUGAAGGGAAAUGACAAAUUUAUGUUUUUUACACCUGUAACGAUGAACAUAACUGACGUCUCAUUUCACACAUUGGUAUUUUGUUUUGGCAAGUCGCAGCCGUUCGUUUGACUGAAAGGUCAAAAAUACCAAUUGCUCAACAAACGUUGUUGUAACUUAUAAACAGAAAGCCAUUGAACCCGUGCAACGCCAUGCCUUUGCCUUGAUCAAAUAAUGUUCUACUAUUCUCUUCAUUUAAUUAUUCUUCAUGAUAUUAAGUUGAAGUUGAUGAUCAGAAAUUUUGUGUGGACUACACUUCAACAGCGUACAAUGUUACUGUUCAUCAAACUGUGCAUUUGAGUCUUUACUUGGGUCAAAUGAUAAUUACCAUAGCUUUCGGUUCCUUACUGUCCGGUAAAGAGCCAAACAAACCUAAAGUGUGCGCAAUCAUAACAAUUAAAUUUUUUGUUAAACGUUUUGAUGCCUGAGUAUGCAGCCAACACUUAAUUGUCUACCGUGGGCGCAGGUCGUGAAUAUUAGUAAAUCCGUUUUUGCACGAGUCAUUACGGAUACUGACAUUUUAAACGGUUUAAUUAGUAAACGUUCUUUCCGUUAUAGAUCCAUGUUCAACUAAUCCCUGUGAUGUUAAUGCUGACUGUACGGUUGUUAGUACUUCUUACUCGUGCAGCUGCCGAACGGGGUUUUCUGGAUCAGGAAUCACAUGUACAGGUACGUUCGAUAGUUUUAAACAUCGCACAGUAUGUGAUACAUAUCUGAUCAAUUGCACAUCUCUUGACGUAUAUCAUUUAUAGACCUGGAGCGAGGGGGAUUCGGGGAGAUAUUAUGAUAUAUCAGAGUUGAGAGUAUAUAACUUUAAACUUGCCACAUACUUUCAUGCAUACGACAUUUUAUUUCUGCUUAACGCAAGUAUUUGACAAUCUUUUCUUUCCAAUUUCAUAUCACUCGGAAUAUUAAUGGUAACAUUUUUCAAAAAUUGCUUCAAAAUCUUUUAUAAAAACGAACUUUCUUCUAUGUUUAAAAACUCGUUAAUUUACCUGUGCUUAUAUCUGUCGGCCAUUUUCUUUGCGUGAUUGUCACGCGUGGUUUACGCGAAUCAUAUGACCAGGAUGAUAUGAUCAAAUCACCUGUGUGACAUGAUUGAAAUUAUCCGCUAUGUCAAAUAUGAUGACAUUUGGCGUCAUUCGAUAAUAUAUUUCAUGCUGACGUGGCGCAAACUUAGCUUUGUGAUUGGACACUUUCAAUUUGAUUUAUAAUAUUCUAUAAAGAGAAUUUGGAAGAUUUACACUAAUACUGAAUCAAUAUGAACACGUUUUCCGAUCAGUUUUCUGUGAUGAAAGCGAUCAGCGUUGGUGAUUAGCUUUAACUCCCGUUGCGUGCAUAUGCAUAGGUAACUUGUUUUGGGAAUUUGGAUUAAAACAAACACAUUGUAUCCGCAAAUAUUUUUUAGUGGAUAUGCUUUCCGUGCACACGUAUCCGCCGAAAACGCACACCGAAACCGCAAACAUUUGAAAACGGUCUCCGUGCACACAAAACGAAUUAAAAUGCCUAAGACUACAGUAGUCGUCUGUUGUGCCUCGUUCGGAUGCGUCGUUAGGACGGGCGUAACCGAUUUUUAUUAAUUUACCUAUUUAUAGCUUCCUGUAUAUAUUUACUGUAUGUUGGACAUUAAGUCGUUUUAGAUGUUUAAUUAGUUUAUUCACCGUCCCCUUACAGAUAUAAACGAAUGUGCUACAACAUCAGGAAUAUGUGGAAAUAACGUGUGUGAAAAUAGGUUUGGUUCGUAUGUAUGCAAAUGUCCAGAUGGCUCGUUCUUAGUUGGAAAUAUUUGUGAAGGUUAGUUCGUGUUAAAUGAAUCAAAUUCCUACGGUUGCAUCGCCCCCUCUCCCCCCCCCCUCAAUCCUCAAAGAAUUUUAAAAAAAAAACGACCAUAAAAACAGGAGCAAACGCUUCAUAUCAUACUAUAUAUUUACCACAUUUGAAACAAAUAAGCUCCAAUGUUUUGUGUAUAUCUUGUGCGCAGGAGCACUCGUUGACUGUUUUUUUUUUGUAAAUGGCCAAUGCAAUUGAAAUUUCAUUUUGUAUAUGACUGCCAAUUGUAUUAAAUUAACAUAGAUACAUUUACACCGAAAGAAUUUUAAACCUUUCGUCGUUAAGAUGAUAUUCAUUAGCGCCAAUAUUAUAAAAUCAAACGGCAGAACCAAAAUAUAUAGCUAUCAUUGGUAAAUGCCUGCAUGGUAAUUGGAACCUCUGAGUUCUUUCGUGAAAAUCUUCCCCAAUUUAAUCUUCACUAUUAAUGUAAAUAUCAUAAUGCGCACGUUUAAUGUUAUGUACAUAAAUAUUAUUUCAAUCGCAACUCUCCUUGGCGACACUUCACACGGUGAAUGUAAAAGGCGGAAUGGCAUUGCGGAAUGGGCAUGCGGAAUGGAUUGCGGAACGAAAAAUGAUGUAAAUUUCGCGACAUUUUUAACGUGACAAUUUUUGCGCGAUAAUCUUAUGGCAGCAUUUCUGAGUGAUUUCUCCACGUUUUCGAUACAUCUUUUCGAUAAUAACGUCAUGGAUACUUUUUUUGGCGAUAAUUACGUCGUGAUAAAUACUUUUUUGAAAAAACGCAAGGUGAUUGGCUGACGAUUCGAGAGUGGAAGCUUCCAAGUCAAACACGUAAUUAUCGGAAGGGUGUAUUUUUCAAACGUUAUAAAAUCCAUAAUUUUCGGAACUACAAACUCAGGCAACAGGGUCCAGUGGAGGUAUACAAGUUUUACAAUAAAGGCCAACAUUCUACAAUAAAGCCUUAGCUAUUACUAUACAAAAGGAUUUAUUAUUAUUUCGAGCAAAAACUGUUAGUAUAGCGCCUUCAGAGUGCUUUAUCACCAUGGCAAUGAAAUUUACAAUGAAAUUUACAUCAUUUUUCGUUCCGCAACCAUUCCGCAUGUCAUUCCUCCUUACAUUCACAGCACUUCACAUAAGCGGAAGCGCACAUCAAUUUCCAUCAGUAUAUAUACGUAUCUUCCUGUAAGCGAAAAUUUUAGAAUUAUUUAUUGUAUUUUAAUUGAAAUAGUCUUUAGCAGAUGCUGAGUCGAAAUACUUGCAGUUGCAAUUUUUUGCCACAGCGAACGAUUUUAUUCUUCUGAUGCAUGUAAGCGAGUAGAAGAGCUAUGAAUGUUCUGCACAUAUGCAUUUCGCACUGAUCUGACAACUAUAGGACUGAAUAAAGCAUCCGCUAUUGAUAAAGGAAGCCAAUGGCAGCCAUAAUGGUGUGACCUUCUAAGAGUCUAGUUAUCGUUAGGAAAGGAUAAACAUUACCCGAAUAGAAAUUUACUAACAGUGGCCUCUCUUCCCCAUUAAAUUUGCCCGUGCAUAACUAAUGAAGUUACACCAAGAUGGCUGCGCAAAUCUCAUUAUUUAAAACGUUCUAAAGAAAUGUGGAAAGCUAUAUCUUUCAAAUUAUAUAGGAGAAGACACCUAUUUUAAACACGUCGCGAUACGAUUUGUAGGGAUUAUGAGUUACCAAUCUCAUCUCAUAAAUAUUCUGGCUUCAAAAUGUGCGCAUUGAAAACAAAAUAAUUCUCUAUCCAGUUCUAGUAUAGUUCGUUUUCAGAUCAGUGGUAUCCCAUCCUCACCUGAACAUUGGUAACUCAUCCACUCGUUCAUAUACAUCAGAAGAAGAAAAUGGACCUAAAAUUGCAGCAGAAUUGGUGUAAACGGGCCUAAAAGCCUCCCGUAACCGCGCGCGGUUUUUACAUGUUUUUUGCAUGUCAUAUCGCACAGAAGUUUCAAGAUUAAAAUCUAUUGAAAAAAAAUGGUCAUUUAUGGUAGUAAUGAGAAAUCCUUUCUAAUACAUUCAUGCCUGCAUGAGCACUUCAAUAACCAUGUGGUAAUAGUUCUUAGUGUUCUUUCACAGAGGCGUUGUCUUAUCAGCUUCAGUUCACAAUCCUGGAAGGAGCUUCUUAUUCAGAUGACCUUCAAGAUCAAACGUCACAGACAUACCAAACAUUGCAACAAAAUUUGGAAAACGAUGUAAGUUCCAGUUUUGCCUGGCCUUAGUUAUGACUAGUAUAGUUGUAAUUUUUACUAUAAAGUUCAUAUUGUUCUUUUUGCGCAUAAAGAGUUACUGUGCAUAAACUGACUCACUAUGUUUCGAUCUAAACAAUUAAUUGGACCAUUAUUAAUUUGUUAUUUGAAUUGUCAAAACAAUUCUAAAUAAAUUUGUUGAAGCCAAAAUUGAAAAUAUUUGUAAGAUUAAACAUAUUCCCUUCGCGCCUGGGCUUGUGAAUUCAGUGGCGUAGCCAGACCUUCAUUUUUGGGGGGGCGAAGCGAACGCCGAAGGCGCGAGACCAUCUAGGGGGGUCCGGGUGCAUGCACCCCCGGGAAAAUUUUGAAAUCUAGAGUCCCUGAAAUGCGAUUUCAAGCAUUUUGGGUAAAAUCUUGCAGAAUUCCAAAGAUUAUAAAGUACAUUGAAGACAUACAUUUUCCCAAACAUUUCUAAUUUUCUACUCGGAAUUAAAUAAAUUGGAAAAGUCACCUUGAAAAACAGGCAUUUAAAUCAUUCUAGGAGCUAUUAGACAGCAUUUCCGCAUUCUCAAAAUUUCGUUGCUUUUUUAUACGAUACAGAAUAAGUCUGAGAAGAAUAUUCAUGCUAUGAUAAUGUAUACAUGUAAACCUAAACUAAAUGUAUUCUUCUUGGAACCAUAUCUACAGCUGCUUUAACGAUAUUUUACAAAUCAAGUUACUCCAGUAUAUCGUCGUUUUCCUCAGUCGAAACGUACUUAAUCAGUUUCAGCUUCGACGAUGUAUCGCGUACCCCCCCCCCCACACACACAAUUUCUCUACGGAUUUAGCCUUUUUCAGAGAAUUUUUUUUUGCGAUUGGGGGGCGACCGCCCCCCCUCGCCCCCCCUUGGCUACGCCACUGCUUGUGAUUAUGUACUGUUUAAUAAACGAGCAGGAGUGUUUUAUUAGGUUUAAAGCCACGAGCGCGCAGCGCGAGUGGCUUUAGACCUGAUAAAACACGUCCUGCGAGUUUAUUAAACGGCUUCAAACACGACUAUAAAUUCAACAGAUAUACUUUAUUACUAUUCUUUAUAUAAAGAAUACUAAUUAGGAGUGUUUUAUAUGGUUUAAAACCACUGCGCAUGACAUAUUAUGGUUGACAUGAUUUGCCAAUAAGCUUAUGAAUUAUUGAGUGAAACGUAUUAGAAAGUGGAAGCGUAUACCAUUCAAAAGAUUUCAUAUAUCAGUUGAAAUUAAUGAAAUUAUGGUUUCAUUCCAUAAGAAAAAAUCAAAUAACAGCUUAUUAGGAAAGAAUUAAAAAAAUUUAUUGUUGACAAUUAGCAAAAGUAUCAUAAUUAUGUCCUAAACAUACGAAAUUGUCGAAUGCUAAACGCAUGAUGCCAAAUUAGCUCAUCUGCAUGACUAAUUGUGUAGAGAGCCUUAUUUGAUCCUUGAACUAACAUAGUCAUAUCCUAUUUCAAUUAAGGUUAAAGAGAAUUUUCAAGCAUCUGCACAGUCUUCAAACUUCUUUGGCGUAUAUUUAAAUGGCUUGAGGUAAUUUGGUUUGUCAUUAAUGCAUAUAUUUGCAACAAAUCUAGACAUAUAUGUAACCCAAGUAACAGGUAUGCAAUAAUAUUGAAAGUCAGAAUUCCUCAAUAUCUUAAUGCACUAUUUGGUUCAGACACAGAAAUUUUAUUCUAUUGUAAAAAGUGGUUUAUUACCUACCAAUCUUUUACCAUUUCUGCAAUAUUCGUCCCCCAAAUAAAGUUUCCAUGUUUGAGAUUGUGGGGGAACACCAAUGUUGUAUACCUUCAAUGUACGUUCCCAAGCAUUAUUUUCAUGCAAAUUACCGCAGCAUGCAAUGGUAUAAAUACGAUGUAUCAAUCCCUUUAUAACCCAUUGUGAGCAUCCAAAUCUUCAAUGUUCGCUUCUUUGGUCAAAUUUUGCUACAAUUUUCGUUUGGUUACGUGUAAGGAUAAAAACACAGCUGGCUUGAAAAUGUGUUCCCGGAUUUAAUAUUUUUUCUUUAAAUUUUUUCAUUAGCCCAGGCAAUGCACAAUCGUCUGGUGGAACAGUAAUUGCUUCCUUCACAAUAUUUGUAAACUACAGUGCAUCUGAUGUCACAACAGACUUACUUGAAACAGCCUUCAACAAUGGAUUAAGUCAACAAACCGUCGGAAGUACCUCAAAUCGUGUUCUCGGAUCUGGCUAUGUUCUAGCCACAAGCACUGAUGGAGUCAACUUUUCUCCUUCAAUGGACAAUAUAGUCGGUAAGAGAUCGAAUUUUUGCUAUAGUACAGUAGUUUAGUGUAAAUUCACACUAAAAUUUUGAGCAUUCGGAUUGGCUCCCUCAGCAGUAAGGCCCGUUUCAUACGGCGCACUAUCGUCGAAUUUAAUUCAGACGAAUUUAAUUGAACCAAUUAAAUGCGACGUUAGUGCGUCGUAUGAAACGAAUUACAUCCGUCUGAUGAAUUAAAUUCGUCCAAGACGUUGUAUCCGUCAUGGUCAGACGGAUACAACGUCUGUAGCGCGUCUUCGUUUCAUACGACGUGUUAUCGUCGUGUCGAAUUAAAUGCAUAAAUUAUGUUAAAGUCUGUUUCUCUCUUUCUGGUCUCGUGGUUUUUUACUUCUGGGUAGUCCAUGAUCGCUAAACAUGAAAUGAAUUCGUCUGAAUUAAAUUCGUCGUUUGAAACGAAACCAUUUUAGUGUCGACCAAUUGACGAAUUUAAUAACGAAUUAAAUUCGUCUGAAUUAAAUUCGACGUAUGAAACAGGCCUAACUCUGAAGGCUAAUUUCCACUCAGGAAAAUUAUCCUAUCCGUGGAUUGGAACGGACAAGAAAAUUUUUCGUACUAUUUAAAGCACGCGUAGGAGUGUUUGAUCACUGUAACAUCCGGGAGUUAGCACUUCCGGCGGGAAAAACUGGCACCUCGAGGAGAACUAGAGAGCUGUAUUAACAAGGGAGUUACUUAGCAUAGUUGGGUUUUAAGGUUAAAAUACUACAAUCACAUAUAAAACUUGUGAUUUCAAACAGGAUGAAUUCAAACAUCAUGUUAACCAUAAUAUGUCACGUGCAGUGGCUUUAAACCUGAUAAAACACUCCUAAUUAGUAUUCUUUAUAUAAAGAACACUAAUAAGGCAGUAUCUAUUGUAGUCGUGUCCUCAUUAGUAUUUUUUAUAUAAAGAAUACUAAUAAGGCAGUAAAUCUAUUGAAUUUGUAGUCGUGUUUGAAGCCGUUCAAUAAACUCGCAGGUCGUGUUUUAUCAGGUCUAAAGCCACUCGCGCUGCGCGCUCGUGGCUUUAAACCUAAUAAAACACUCCUGCUCGUUUAUCAAACAGUACAUAAAACACGACUACGAGUGCUUUAAAUGGCUUUAAAAACGACUCAUCUUAUACGAGUUCAUUGGCGAAGUAAUUUUUAAAAUAAACUUUGUCUAAACCGAGAAAAUCAAAGCUAAAGUUUAUGUAAAUUAAAAUGUUUUUUUAUCACAUAUAAAACCACGACACGCUUAUGAUUUUUCUUUGUGUUUUCCUCUUGAAUUAUUAACGAGUUUUUGAAUUUGUAUUAAAGUCAUUAGUUCCAACCCAGAGCUCACAAGAAAUAGAAAAAUUUUCUUGUCCGUUCCAAUCCACGGAUAAUUUUCCUGAGUGGAAAUUAGCCUUGAGGCAAUAGUUACUGAUGCUCAGACUGCUCUGAGCAGUAACUAUUGCUUUUCCAAAAAAAUGGCGGCUGAAAAUCAGAAAUAAAACUUUCUCAAUACUGAAAUUAUACAAUUAAUUAGUCGCCUCAGGCUCGGUGAAUGCAAGCCUAUAUUCACUUCGCCUUCGGUUCAGUGAAUAUAGGCUUGUAAUCACCUCACCUUCGGCGACUAAUUGUUAAAUAGUAAAUUCGAUAGUAUAGAUACCCGCUUCUUCUGUUCAAUUAUGUAAUCUCUAACAUGAAAAACAAACAGAUGAAGAAUCUAUGACCCAUUUUUUCCACGAGCGAGCUCCGAAUAUCUAUCAUUAAAAGAUCUAAAAUUUAUUUUAAACCCGGUUCCGUGAACCCUUUCUGCUUUAACGAGGAACGGAAUGAGCAAUGACGUGCUUGGAAGAGACAAAACUUCCAUUUUGUCAAUCAUGAAUUUUAGUACAGUAUUAAAUAAAUUAUUAUCACCAUCUAAUUGACCCAUUCUAGGUGAGAAAUGGUUGUUUUCCCUCCCAUGGAGGGAAUCAAUAGGAAAUCAGCACACUAGGACAAUCACAAUAGGAAAUCAGCACACUAGACAUAUAGAAACAUGUAGCAUAUCUUGUAAGACUGUGUGAAUUUCACAGACUCGGAAGCAAUAUUUCUUGGUUUGGCCAAUAAGUAGACUAGUCUGUAAUUAUGAUCGUUCGCAUCAUUCAUACUUGAAGCCACACGCAUACUGUACAUUCAUUGCAUAUUUCCCGGUAUUUCAGUUGAUAUCAACGAGUGCUCUCAAAGCGUGGCAAAAUGUGGAGAAGGUCAAAUGUGUGAAAAUUAUCCUGGCACAUAUCGUUGUUACUGCAAUAGUCCUGGAACCUAUCUAGUUGGUGGAAACUGUGAAGGUAUGCAAGAUUCUAUAUUUGUUUGUAUAAUUCAGCAUUUUAAAUGAAAAUUAAUAUAGAACUGAUGGCCCUAACCAAGGAAUGAUCAAUUUAAAUUCUAUUUUGCUCCCGGUUAUUUGUGAUCGUUAAUCAAACUCAAUUCUGUAUAAGAAAUAUCAUCGUUGAACUUGAUGCCCACCCAAACAAGUUGUAACGCUUUGACCAUAGGCAAUAGAAUAAAGUAGGUUAGGAAACUCGAUGCAAACACAAUAGCUGUAGAUCUCAUUAUCUGGUGUGUCUUGGUGCAUGCAUAUAUGCACGCAAUGAUCAUUAUGACCGGUUAAUGGUCACGUGCGUAUUGUAUUUUCGCCCAACCAACCAAUGGCAAUGUUUUGGUUUAAUUAUGAACUGCCUGUCCCAUGUAGGUAGUGCCAAUGAUAUGAACAUUAAGCUUUCGUUGGUAGGGAUGUUACUACCUGAAAAAUAUAAGGAGAAUUUUGAUGUUUUGAGCGACGGCUUAAAGAUUAUUUACCAUUUGAAUUCGUUCUACAACGAAAUAGUUCAUUCAAAACCUUGCUGUUGGUUGACUUUGCGAAAAAGCAAUACACCGUGCACGUGACGAUGAAAUGAAGUUCGAUUGUACGUUUGGAUAAACUAAGACAAAAAACAUAGAUAAAGAGGCGUACUACAUGUCUCCAUAAUACAUGUUUAUGUUUUAAAUUUUUUUAGGUAUAAUUCUGUAAUAAAUUAAUUUAUUUAGCAAUAACAAAUGUAUUCGAAUCAUUUCUUCAUUUAGAUAUUCUGUCCUAUGAGGGUGGAUUUGUUGUAAUCAAUCGUGAAUUUAAAAUUAACUACAAUGACACAAAUAGCAUUGAAUAUUUGCAAUUUGCUGAGGAAGUGGCGGAAGUUGUAAGUGUUUGAUUUCUUAUAUGCACCAAAAAUCAAACCUAAUUUUAGUGGUGUCGUGAUAACGAAUUUUCACAGUGAUAAAGUGAAAGUGAGCAGUAAUCAACUGCAAAAUCUGCAGUGAUAACAAAUUUUUAAUAAUUAAAUUAAAUAAGGUAAACAAAGAUAUUUCUAGUGUUUCUCAAGGAUUUGUGUGUCAUAAAAACAAUGGUCAUUUUCUAUAAAUAAAAUGUCUUAGUUUCCAUGGAUUUAUUAAUUACAAUUUAUUAAUUCUCUUUCCCAGGUGAAGGAAUAUUACAUGAAAACUCAAUUUGCUCCAAACCUAGUUGGAGUUAGAGUCAUUGACCUCUAGUAAGUGGCUGGUAUUUGGAUAAUUAUAAAAGCCUAGUAAGGUUUCAGAGAAGGCGUGGUGCGGUACUAUCAUGCUUGCAGAUAAAAUUCCACUAGGCAAUCUGAGGAAGACGUUUACCGAUUGUAUUUAUUUCAUCAGGGAGACCCAGUUCAGGUGGUUAAAUACGCCCUUCACAUAAACAUAAAAUGAAUGGGGGGUUGGAUAACAAGCUGGACGAAAAUGAGAUUUGCACAUGAAUAAAAAAGUAAUGGCUUUUUAUAUGGGCAAGACGGGAUUGCGGGGACUCGAACCGUCCUGACCGCGUAGCUCAGUUGGAAGAGCAUUGGGCUAGUAUUCCAAAGGUCGUAGGUUCGAAUCCCGCCGUGGCCAGGCAUAUUUUUCAAGCCUGCCCGGUGUGGAUACUCAUUCAGAGUAACAUCACACAAACAACUUUAAGCAUAUUUGUCAAAUCAGUUGUUCUUGAGUUUUGGAGCUCUCCUGGAAAAUGUCGUAUUGCCAAACCUAAAACGUGCUAAAAGCAAGAACCAGUCGCCAGUUUAAGAAGAAAAAAAAUCGCUGAAAAAAAGCUAAGAGCUGUGUUUAUCUUGGAAAUGAAAACUAGAAAACGUAAACUGUAACUGUUUAGAUGCGUAUUUUUGGACAAUUAUUACUUGUUGAAAAACAAAAUGUACCUCUCCUAUAUAAAGCAACAUCUAAAAAGUUUGAAUUGUGGUACAAAAGUUACGCAAUUGCCGUUGCUAUGGCAACAAUGACGUUUCAAGAUGCCGGAUAUUUUGGCUUUAAAGUAAUUUAACUCGUAAACGGCAUCGGUGACCUCCAAAUUUUAUUUUAAAAAAUGAUUUCACGUAGUAUAAUCGAUUAUUUUGACAAUUUAAAAAAAUAUGAAGCAAGAAAAAAAUUAUUGUGAAUAAUCACCUUUACGUAAUUUAAAAAAUUUCGGCUCCACAAUUUUUUUUUCAUUCACCAACGUAAUUCAAUAUACUAAGACAAACCAUUUUAUGAAUUAAAAUUUGGGGGUCACCGAUGUCGUUUUCGAGUUAAAUUACUUUAAAGCCAAAAUAUCCGCCAUAUUGAAACGUCAUUGUUGCCAUAGCAACAGCAGUUCCGUAACUUUUGUUCAAAAAUUCAAACUCUUUGGAUGUUGUUUUACAUAAGUUCGAUGCUUUUUGUUUUUGAACAAGUAAUACUUGUCCAAAAAUACGCAUCUAAAUCGCAAAUUUUCCAUUUUAAAAAACUGUAUUGAGCCACCUUAACAAUAAUUUAUAUUAAAAAGAUGCAAACUUUUAAAUUGAUGUAUUAUUGUGUAUUUUUCAUAUCAGCCCAGGAUCUGUUGGUGUCAAAUACAUAGCACUGUUUAACCCAACAACUACUGGAGUUACAUCAAGCACCUUAAGAUCAGAGUUGGAACCAGAGUUGGAUAUCGUAAACAAUGAGAAAUUUAUUGGAUCACUUCAGCUUACAAAGAUCGACGGAGAGAAUGCUUUAACGUUUUCUGGUAAUAUAGUUCGCUGUAGCUAUUUCUGUAAUUAGCUGACCCUGAUUGUACAUUUGCAUGCCCAAUUCUUACCCGCACUUACAGAAGCUUACACGUGCGUAGAGGUAAAAAUUAAAAAUUUCCAACUCUUCAAAAUAAUAAUGCCUUUUAAGGCAUAAUAUCACGAGAAUUACUGAGUUUCCACGGCUGUAAGGGCUGUUGUAUAUGGAUAUGCAUUUCCUUGAUGGCGGGAUUCACAAUAAUGAUUUAAAUACGUAUACUCGUAUAAGCGUAGUUUACGUCAAUAUAUGAGCAAUUCUAUACCUAAAUGUCGGACAGACAGCUACAAGUGACAGUGUUCUAAGUCUUCUAACUUAUCAAAGAUUAGUUUACGUCAUACGUGCACAGUAAUAUAUUGUACUUUUUAAUAUUUGAAUGCUAAUUAAAUAAUUUCUAGAUACCUGUAUAACAUUUCAUAUUUUGUAUAUACAUAUAUAUAUAUAUAUAUAUAUAUAUAUAUAUAUAUAUAUAUAUAUAUAUAUAUAUAUAUAUAUAUAUAUAUAUAUAUAUAUAUAUAUAUAUAUAUAUAUAUAUAUAUAUAUUAAAAUUAACAAAAAUAUCCGAAAAUGUAGACGAAGUAGCGUACACGAUUUUAUUAUUAAGUUGUUUCCAAUGUAGUAAUUACACAAUUGUUGUAGAGAUAAAAUAGGCUCAGUAAGUAAUUACUGAAUGUAGGUAAACGUAAUACUUGAUGUAAAGCGCAUUUUGAUCAUAUCCACAUGUAAUUUUGCGCUAUAGAAAUUUUAAUCGUAAUCGCAUCACGGGCGAUCACCUAUUAGCUAUUCUUAAUUUCUAACUCUGUCGCUCAUUUUAUGUACUUUACAGACUAUGAUGAAUGUAACCCGCCAGAAAAUAUUCAUAUUCCUGACUGUGGACCUAACGCAAUGUGCACCAAUCUUGAUUCAACUUACAACUGUACUUGCCUUGAAGGUUACAUAGGCGAUGGAGUAAAUUGUGCUGGUAAGAUCCUGUAUUUUCGGCAUGCAUUUUAUUUUCUUUGCGCUAGCUAAAAAACACGUUGGGGUAGAUCAGAGUACGAGCACAUGAAACCGCUAUACCAACCAAGCAGUAAUAUUUUCUUCAAAAUUCGCCGUUCUUCAGUAUUAAAGUUUACAUCCAUGUAUAGCAACCCUUGCUAUACUUUCUAUAAGCAAAAAUAAAUAGUUACCAGCGUGAUGUAAGUGUUUCUUUAAAACCUUCCAAGCUUCGCAUGUUUUAUAAUAUCGAUCAUUUCCUUUCUGCAUGACCGUCGCCAUAUUUUUGAAGUCAGUGAUCCUUUAUUUUUUCCAAUCAUUAAUGAACUUUAGACCUCGUUUACACGGUACCGGACGAGUUUGGGACCGGUCUGAAAUUCGUUCUUUUUCGCCUGUUUACACGCCUGUUUACACUGUUUCAGAAAUUUCAUCUCGAUUCGGGUAUUUUAAGGUUAAAGAACCUCUAGAUAUGUUUGGCGCCGGUAUUUUGAAAGAAGAACAAUGCGAAGCAUUUGCUGGAUAAAUUGUCAUAGAUAACUUCAGAAUAAACAAGAAACAAAAACAUCUUAAUUACGUAGAAAUUCCUUAAACGGUUUGAUUUCUUCAAUUUAAAAAAUCCUUGAGAGGUCCAAAAUUAAUGUCUCAGUUUCACGAAAUUUCCUUAAACACGUGCAUGCAUGGAAACCAGGGACAUAGCGAAGCAUCUGAAGUUGGGGGAGGGGAGUGUCGGAGGAUUUUAUCUGAAAUUUGAACUUCACUGUUACAAACUUACCUGAAAUCUAUUAAUUAUAAUAGAGAAUAUUUUGAUUUUCAGUGUCAUACUAGCUAAGUUCCUGAAGAAUUAAGAAGGGUGUCUGGGGGUCGUCCCCCAGAACAUUUUUACAUUUUUGAAGCUCCAGAACAGCAUUUCUGGCCUUUUCUAAGGCAAAUCAUAUUCACAAACGUAUUGGAUAUAAAUUGACUGUAUUUUACAAAAAUGGUUUUCAUUUCACAAAAAUAACGACAUUUUUACGCACAUUUUACCUGAAAAUCUCAAAAUUUUAACUUGAAUUUCACCUGAUGUUUACCUGAGUUUCACCUGACGUUUACCCCCGGUGACUACGUCCCCGAUGGAAAACGAAACUAUCGUUUCUUUUGCGCGUGCUUGGUGCUGAUUUACAAAAAAGUACCUGACCGACCGAAUAUUUUGAUUAAUCGCGCAACUCUAAUGCCUCAACAUCACGAUUAGCUUUAAUGUUUUGCCAACUUGUCAUCAGUAUCAAGCCGUUGAAACUGCAUGUAUUCUUCCAUAUUUAACAUUUUGUUCAAAACGUUUCUUUGCAAUUCUUGGGAUUCAUAUGACGUCAUAAAUUUGAGGUGGGCUCAACUCUAAAUCGAGACACAGUCAUCAGAGUGAAUUAAUUGUUUACUGUAUGUGUUGGCCUUGUGUUUGGUGGCAAAUGCAUGCAAUUUCGUAUCAAUUGCUCACUCCAGUACAGCAUAAGCAUCAAUACAUUUUAGGUUGACCCCCUGUCAGAUUCACUGCAAAAUGCCGUAGUGAAACCCAAGAAUAGGGUAUGCCUUUACAGUGGUGUAUCGGUUUCAUUAACAUACAUCUACUCACUACUUGUUUUUUUUUCAAUCUAGCUCUUCCAGAGUUAUUACAAGGUAAGAUUACACCAAAAAGAUGGUUUAGUUUUAAAAAAAAUGCUUCACAUAGCGCAGCGCAUGCACUCAUGCAGUAAUUUAAUUGGAAAAAUCGGUACAUUUUUUAGUAAGAAAAUCAAAAUGCGUUGCAUUCCGUAUUUGUGAUGAAAUAAAAUGCAUUCGGUUAACUUUGGUCAGCAGUAUCCCUAACAGCAGCAGUUUCCUAUCAUGUUAGAGUAACGAUCAAACUCUACAUGAUAUCAUUUGCGUUAGUGUAUAGUGUAGUGGAUUUGGAUUGUAGAUUCAUGCAUCCGGCAUCAUUGUUUGUGAAUGCUUACCCUAUAUAAUUAAUAUUUAGAUGGGUUGCAUGGAAUGGACCAUUUGCAUUAUAAACUAAAUUUUGAUCUAAACAAGUCUAGACAAAAAUUCCAUCACAGCUUAAAAGAACAUCACAAAAUUAGUAAUAUUGCAAAGUUUCGUUGCGAAAUGUUGUAAAAUGCGGAUAAUAUAGCCUUGCGGUGAACGAUCAAGAAACGGUGGUAGGGUUUGUAUUUACUUGCGUAGCUCCAUAAAUUACAAAGUAAGAAAUGAUCUUGUUCCCACUGAACACGAAGCUGUCUGUGUUGAAAUUAUUAAUUUAGCCGCAUAUGAUGUAGCAAAUCAUUUCUUGUUACCACAGUCUAUAGACCACCCAGUGCAUUAUCAGAAUUCUUUGAUCAUUUUGAAAAAUUGAUCAAAGCUGUUGAUAAUGAAAAUAAACUGAGAAAUGUAUAUCCUGGGUGAUCUAAACUGUAAUAUGCUAAAAACAAAUAACGAUUCAAAUAUUCCAACAAAGAAAAUAAAAUCACUAUAUGAAUUAUACCAAUUAACACAACUGAUAGAUAAAGCUACUCGAAUAACUCCAAAAUCCACCAGUCUUAUUGAUCCUAUUGUUACUAAUAUGCCAGAGAAAAUCUCUGAUUCUGGUGUCAUUCACACAGGUAUUAGUGAUCAUAGCUUAGUAUUUGCAAUCAGGAAAAUUUCUGUUGUUACAAAACAAGAAAAUACUUUUGAAAUUAGAAACAUGAAAAAUUUUGAUGAAGGAAAAUUUAUUGAAGAACUGCUAAAACAACACUGGGAAUAUGUGUAUUUCUUUGCUGAUGAUCCAAAUGCCGUGUGGGAAAUUUGGAAAAAUUUAUUUUUUGAAGUCCUAGACAAACAUGCACCACUUCAGCAAAAGAAGAUAAGAUCGAAAAAAGUCCCUUGGAUUACAAGUGAUAUAAAGAAAAUUAUGAAUACAAUGGACAAAGAAUGAUUGGUUACACUUUAAAACAGCUAGAAAUAAAGUAAAUAUAGAACUAAGAAGUGCCAAAAAAGAUUAUUAUUUCUCGAUAAUAGCUGGUCAAAAAAUCAAUCCCAAGAAGGCUUGGAAAAGUAUAAACAACUUGUUAGGUAGGCAAAACAAACCAACAGUGGUAAAUGAACUAAAUGUAGGUGAACAAAAUUUGACAAGUCCUGAAGAUAUUGCGGAGGAAUUUAAUGAAUAUUUUUCAAAUAUUGGCCCAGAUCUAGCAAGUAAAAUAGCUUAUUCAAAUUCCAAUUUUGAAACGUAUGUCAAAAAUCUCAAUCAGAAUUUGCUGCUUUCCAACCUGUUACUGUCAGUCAUGUCUCUCAUCUUUUGCAUGGACUUUCCAACCAUAAAGCCACUGGCAUCGACAAAAUCUCUUUCAAAUUAAAAUUAUUAAAUUAGCUGUACCUGUCAUCUCAGAUUCACUGACACUUAUUUUCAAUCAGGCAAUUACUUUAUCUUCUUUUCCUAAUGAAUGGAAGGUAGCUAGAGUGACGCAUCUAUAUAUAUAAAAAUGGCCAGCGUAUUAUUCCUUGAAACUACAGACCAAUAUCAGUUUUAACGGCCAUUAGUAAAAUUAUGGAACGGAUAUUGUAUGAUCAACUGUAUAACUAUUUAACAAAGUUUGAGCUUCUCAGUGAUUCCCAAUUUGGAUUUCGAAAAUUUCACUCUACAGCUAUAGCGCAUUACUGUAUUAAUGAUUGGUAUGUAAAUCUAGACAGAAAAAUGUUUAACCUAAUAGUUUUAAUUGAUUUGAAGAAAGCCUUUGAUGCUGUUGAUCAUCAAAUUCUGCUGAACAAAUUAGAGCUCUAUGCAAUGAAAGGACAAGCUCUAACUUUGCUCAAAUCCUAUCUCACAAACCGAAACCAGAAGUGCCAAAUAAAAAACUCAUUUUCAUCUGAGCGCUUGAUAAAAUGUGGUGUACCACAAGGCUCUCUCGUGGUUGUUUGCUGAUGACACAAAUUUGACUGCUUCAGCAAAUUCUAUGACUGAUCUAGAGACUGCAGUAAAUUACGAUUUAGAGAACCUUAGAAAAUGGUUAAUAGCCAAUAAACUUAGCCUCAAUGUAGCUAAGACAGAGUUUGUGUUGAUUGGCUCUAAACCUAUGAUCAAAAAUAUUCUGAUUCUUUUCCAAAUGUUCACAUUGAAAAUAUACAAAUUAAACAAGUUCAUGAAUGCAAAACUCUAGGAGUAACAAUUGACCAGCAUUUAUCUUGGAAAAGUAAUACCAAAAAUAUUUGCAAAAAAGUUACAGCAGGAAUCUCUGCUAUUUGUCGGAUCAAACCAUUUGUUGAUCAAGAUACACUUAUUUUGAUAUAUAACACUAUUUUUCGUCCGUACUUUGACUACUGCUGUGAAGUAUGGGAUGUAUUUGGUGAAACUCAAUCAAAACGACGGCAAAAACUGCAAAAUAGAGCGGCAAGAAUUAUUCUGAAUAUAAGCAAUGACGUAGAUAGUACGAUUGCUUUACGUACUUUGGGCUGGGAGCCACUCCAAACUGAAAGGAAGAAAACUAAAGCAAGAAUGAUGUAUAAGUUAUUAUUAUAAACAAAAUGGGCCCAAAAUCACUCAUUUUCGUUUAAGAGUGAGAAAACUAAUUACCACCUUCAAAAUGUCUCAAGUGGUCUUUAUUUACCAAAACCACGUACAAAUAGCAUGAAAAAUAGUUUUAUGUACGACGGAGCAAACAUUUGGCAUUCUAUACCAAAAGAAAUUAGGGAAAGCAAGUCACUUUCUUCCUUUCGAAAUAAAAUCGCUGCUCACAUUAGUGCUUGGUAACCUUUGUAAAUAUAAUUUACCUGUAAAUAGCUGAAACAUUUGUUAUAUCUUUUAAAUUUAUAUAUUACUGUAAAUAGCUUAGCUUAUCAUCAUCAUGUUCUGCAUGUAAAAUAAUUUUCUGGCACACGCCCCCCGUGGAAAUCAGCUACGGUUGGCGGGGUCAGCGUGGAUAAAUAAAGUUCUACUACCACUACUACCGUUUUUCAGUCAUUUUGCAUUACGCGGGGGAAAUUGACAGCCCAGUACCCUUUGGGGCUGUCAAUUUCCCGUUUGUAAUGCAAAAUGACUGAAAAACGGCAAAUUCGCAAGGCAAUAUUAUCCGCAUUUUACAACAUUUUGCAACGAAACUUUGGAAUAUUACUAAUUAUAUUAAAUCAGAAUUUAAUUUUUAUUGUAUACUCUAUUUCUUAACAUUUAGCCGAUAGAGACGAUGUUAUGAAAGUGAAAUAUAUGAUCAGUACUUUGCUUGUUUUCCUGGCAUUGUGUAUCAUAUUCUCCAUCGUAUUCAUAAUACUCUCAAUUCAACAGUAAGUAAAAUUAUAUCAGAAGGUGUGAAUUUUUAACCCGAGUGGACUGUAGAGAAUUUUCAAGUAGAGAAUAGACAAUUUAGUAGAGAAUUUUCAAAGUGGCCAUGAAACUAAAAUUUAUUUUCCCCUAUUAACUCAUAUUAUUUUGGCAGAAUAUUUACCCCGUUAUUCCCAUAUACCCGCGCGUGCGCUUUGCGUUUGACCGCAACGUUGCUCCAUGAAUUGUUAAUCAGUAUGUAUACCAAUCAGAAUUCAACAAUUUUGUCAUGGAAGCAUUAAAUUUUCUACGAAACCAAUAUCGUCAAAUGUAAAUUUGUCAUCAUUUUUAGGAUUUUAGAAAGAAGAAGAUUUUAUCGGCUAUCGAAAAAGGUUGAACGCAUUGAACUGCAGAGCAAUAACGGCUAUACCGAUUCAAUCACGGUACCAAGUUACCAAAGAAGUGCAGCAUUGUCUAAUUACUACGAAUAUUAGUUUACCUCCAUAAAGUACUAAUAAUAAUAUAAUAAUAUCAUAUGUAAAAUGAUGUAAUUCUACAUGAAGCAAUUUGUUCAAGGCCAAGAUAGAGAAAAGCGGAUGCAGUGUGACCAGAUUUGGUAAAAUAGUUUCCUUUUGGUAAAAUUUCGUCAACUUUUUCAAAAUUUUUAAUAGUAAAGUUUUUUUAGUAAAAUUUUGGUAAGAAGUUGAAAGAUUUUAUUAAUUCAAUACUUUUUUGGUAAAUAUCCGUGUUUGGAUGGCAAUCUUGCGUAAUAGAGAUGCUAAAACGAUUAAUUAAUAAAACUCUCUAUAGCCAGUAGAACCCAGUGAUUAGGAAAUAGUGAGUUUUCAAGGCUAAUCUAUUUAACCUAAUUGGCUUGGUGAAAACCAAUGGUAACUCUAAUAAUUGUUUUUCACGAAAACAUUUACCUGCAUGCAUUAAGUUAAUACUUAUUAGCAUAACUGCUGGAAAAUCUGGUCACACUGAGCGGAAGAGCGAGUUGAAUAGACACAAAUUAAACAAUACAGCGCAUUAUAAUUAUUAAACAUUAAAAUUAUUAUCGCGUUAGUUAUAGUCAUUGCAGAUUUGAUUGUCACCAUAUUGAACAUAUGCGUCAUGCCGUUAUUCUAGUAACACAUAAUUAUGCCAUAUAAUAUAUGAAAUUAUUCACCAUAUUAUAUUUCGAUUAUGUGGUUAUUCCACGAAUGUUCGUAAUAAUUACAUUUUAGAAUUUCAAAAAAAUGAUUUUUGUAUAGCUCAAAUUCUGCAAUAUAAUGUUCGCCUUUUUCAUGAUUCGACUCUAAGCAUGAAAAAAACUCGAGGCGAAUGUAUACCAUCGUGACGCCAGGUGGGGAACGUAUCAAAAUAAAGCACAUUAGAAUUAUAAGAGUUUCGUGAUAAAUAAUCCUUUUUAGUACGAGUCGUGGCAGCUGCUCACGACUUUUCGAGCUCGAUUGGAAGCGAAAAUUUUGCCGCUAACAUUUGGUUAGUAUGACGUCACGUGCGAAAUGAUAGCAAGGUGUCGUGUAAAGGCUAACCUGCGAGUAGGUUCUAUGGUUGAAAUAGAGCCUGCUACUGAAGUACGUGAAUAAAUGUUUGAACAAUGAUUUGCAUACUCUUAGCACAAAAAUAGCAACCAAUCAAACGCGACGGCGAUCGUUAAUUAGAUUUUCAAAGUUAAUUCAACACAUGACGAUACAGCCAAUUUCCCCGCUUAAUUGACUUUUCCACAAAUUAUAUUGGGGCAACUGAUAAAAGGAGAAUAGUAGUCGGCGAAUAGUCGCGAAUAGUGAGAAUAGUCGACAAAUAGUUGACGCAUGUGAACUAUAUAACUACCUGUUCUGUUAAAUUGCUAACUUUCACUUAAUAAUAAUAAUAAUAUGUAAUAUAAUAACC